CUCUCAAUCACUCUUUAAUUCUUUCUCAAGACAUUCUUUAGGUGAUAUUCACUUUUUAUGUGCAUUCACUUCAGGAUCUCACUCUCUGCAUCUUUCAAAUAAGUCAGACUGUACUUAGUUCAUAUUUCCUUAUGGCACCAAACUAUAGACACUUCCACAACCUCGGAUUUCAAUCUCUUUCCCCCAUCAAAGAUCAGAAAAACCAAACUUCUCAGCCUCCCUUGCCUACUUCAGACCCUGCAUUUCCUAUAUUAGCCAUUACUGUGUUAAGCAUCAUGGGUACAGCUUUCUUGCUAGUUAGCUAUUAUAUCUUCGUGAGCAGAUGCUGCGGCUCUAACUGGCACCAACUUAAUCUGCUACGACGAAUAUCUUUGUUUCGAGCAAGACAAGAGGAAGAUACAUUCAUUGCCUUCUCUCCAAUGAUGUGGAAUCGCGGGCUUGAUGAAUCAGUCAUUCGAGAAAUCCCAACUUUUCAGUUCAAAAGGGUAGGUGAUGAGAGAAGUAUCUAUGGUUGUGUGGUUUGUCUGAAUGAGUUUCAAGAGCAUGACAUGCUUAGAGUUCUUCCGAACUGCGGCCAUGCAUUCCACUUAGAUUGCAUUGAUAUAUGGCUCCAAAGCAGUGCCAAUUGUCCUCUUUGCAGAACAAGCAUUUCAGGCACUACGCGCUAUCCAAUCAAUCGAAUCAUAGCACCUAGCUCUUCCCCUCAAGACUCACAGCCUUACACGGAUAGCCUGAUGGGUGGAGACGAGGACUUUGUAGUGAUAGAACUUGGAGGAGAAGAUGGAGGUGAUCUACUACCACAUAGGCAACAAGAGAGAGACAAUUCAAGAGAAGAAUUAAUGCAGUUGCAGCCUAGAGCUCAAUCGCCAAAAAAGCUGGAGCAGAAGCCCGGAAACUUAAAAUCAAGAAAGCGCCACCAUGUCUCAAUUAUGGGAGAUGAGUGCAUUGACGUUAGACAGAAAGAUGAUCAGUUCUCGAUCCAACCCAUCAGGAGAUCUUUCUCAUUGGAUUCUGCUGUGGACCGAAAACUUUUCUUAUCUGUUCAAGCCAUUGUUCAAAGAAACAGACAUCCUGGCGAGAUUAAUACUACCGAAGAAUGCAGUAAUGGAGCUCGGAGGUCUUUAUUUCCAUUUGGACACGGCCGACGACCCAGAAAUGCGAGUUUCAGAGAGAGACAGAGAGGAAGAGAAGAGGCAAAGAGGAGCAUUUUAAUGGAAGCCAGAGGGAAGGGGCCCAACAAUGAGUAACUAUAGUUCUACAAGGUAGAACGACGGAGGUCCUUUAGCAAUGAUCACCGACUUCUUUUGUCUUGCAGUAAUUAUUUUGCUACUGCUGAAGAUGAUUUUGUUCAAUUUUAAUUAACC